AUGACGCCGCAUACCUUGGCCUUAUCAGACGAAUAUAUCUACCUCCCUUGUACAGCGAAGCAGUGGUGGAAGAACCAGAACAUUGCCUGCAAUCGCAUGACCGGGUUGCACUUCAUCGAGGUGGAACCAUGGUACAACAAAACCCGGCCCUUGAUCAUGGACUAUAGGACUAAGAUAGAGGAGAAGGGCGUAGAGACCUUUUGCAAAGAG